CGAGAGAAGGGAGGAGGCAAAGGAAGCGGCAGACUCUGGGCAACUUUUCGGAGCACGUAUUAGUGUGAAGAGAGCUGAAGUAAUGAGAAGUCAUCAUGGAAGCCCAGUCCCAUAGCUCUACCACGGGGGAGAAGAAAAAAGUUGAGAAUCCUAUAGUGAAAUGCUCCACUCGAACAGAUGUCAGUGAGAAAGCUGUUGCCUCCAGCACAACAUCCAAUGAGGAUGAAAGUCCUGGGCAGACCUAUCACAGAGAGAGAAGAAACGCAAUCACAAUGCAGCCACAGGGCGGGCAAGGCCUCAGCAAAAUCAGCGAGGAGCCUUCGACAUCCAGCGAGGAAAGGGCCUCGUUAAUCAAGAAGGAGAUCCAUGGAUCUAUACCACACCUUCCUGAACCAUCCGUACCUUACCGUGGGACAGUCUUUGCCAUGGACCCCAGGAACGGCUAUAUGGAUCCUCCUUACCAUCCGCCUCACCUUUUCCCCGCAUUCCACCCUCCUGUUCCAAUUGACGCAAGACACCAUGAAGGACGUUAUCAUUACGAACCAUCUCCCAUUCCUCCGCUACAUGUGCCUUCUGCUCUAUCCGGUAGCCCAACAUAUUCGGAAUUGCCGUUCAUCAGAAUAUCCCCCCACAGAAACCCUGCUUCAGCAUCAGAAUCUCCCUUUAGCCCCCCUCACCCGUACAUUAACCCUUACAUGGACUAUAUCCGAUCACUGCACAGCAGCCCUUCUCUGUCUAUGAUCUCAGCGGCUCGGGGCCUCAGCCCUACAGAUGCUCCGCAUGCUGGAGUUAGUCCCGCUGAAUAUUACCAUCAGAUGGCUCUCCUGGCAGGGCAGCGUAGCCCAUAUGCCGACAUCCUUCCAUCAGCUGCCACGGCAGGAGCCAGCGCUCUUCAUAUGGAAUAUCUCCAUGCUAUGGAUAGCGCCAGGUUUCCAAGUCCCAGGCUGCCAUCUAGACCGAGCCGAAAGCGAACACUGUCCUUAUCGCCUCUGUCUGAUCAUAGCUUUGACCUUCAGACCAUGAUCCGGACAUCUCCAAACUCCUUGGUCACAAUUCUCAACAAUUCCCGUAGCAGUUCUUCAGCAAGUGGUUCCUACGGCCAUUUAUCUGCAAGUGCAAUAAGCCCUGCUCUGAGUUUCGCAUACCCUCCCACCCCAGUAUCCCUCCAACAGAUGCAUCAACAAAUCCUCAGUCGUCAGCAGAGCCUGGGCUCAGCCUUCGGACACAGCCCUCCACUCAUCCAUCCUGCGCCAACCUUUCCUACGCAGAGGCCUAUUCCUGGCAUUCCUAGCGUCUUGAAUCCUGUCCAGAUCAGUUCAGGUCCAUCGGAAUCCACACAGCAGAGCAAACCCACGAGUGAGUCUGCAGUGAGCAGCACAGGUGACCCGAUGCAUAACAAGCGUUCAAAGAUAAAACCAGAUGACGACCUCCCCAGCCCAGGUGCAGGAAGCAUGCAGGAGCCACCUGAAGGAAUGACGUUAGUUAAAGAAGAAGGGGACAAAGAUGAAAGCAAGCAGGAGCCAGAAGUGGUCUACGAGACAAACUGCCACUGGGAAGGCUGUUCGCGAGAGUUUGACACACAGGAGCAGCUAGUGCAUCAUAUAAACAACGAUCACAUACAUGGGGAGAAGAAGGAGUUUGUAUGUCGAUGGCUGGAUUGUUCUCGAGAGCAGAAACCAUUCAAGGCCCAGUACAUGCUGGUGGUUCACAUGAGGCGGCACACGGGAGAAAAGCCACACAAAUGCACUUUUGAAGGUUGUACAAAGGCCUACUCCAGGCUAGAAAACUUGAAAACUCACUUGAGAUCUCACACUGGAGAGAAACCAUAUGUCUGUGAGCAUGAGGGCUGCAACAAAGCAUUCUCAAAUGCGUCUGAUCGUGCCAAGCACCAAAACAGAACUCAUUCCAAUGAGAAACCCUAUGUCUGCAAGAUACCAGGGUGCACAAAGCGCUACACAGACCCCAGUUCUCUCCGGAAGCAUGUGAAAACGGUGCAUGGUCCUGAGGCGCAUGUCACCAAGAAGCAGCGUGGAGACAUCCACCCACGGCACCCACCCCCAAGAGACCAAGGCAGCCAUUCUCAAACAAGAUCCCCAGGCCAUCAGACUCAGGGCGCGAUUGGUGAGCAAAAAGACCUCAGCAACACUACCUCAAAGCGUGAAGAAUGCCUCCAAGUGAAAGCUGUCAAGUCAGAGAAGCCCAUGACAUCUCAGCCAAGCCCUGGUGGUCAGUCAACAUGCAGCAGCGAGCAGUCCCCCAUCAGCACCUAUUCCAACAAUGGGACCGAGCUUAAUCUGACCCGUAGAGGUAGUGUAGGAGACCUCAGUGUCAUAGAUGAAACCCCUAUCAUGGACUCUACCAUUUCCACAGCAACCACAGCACUCGGCUUGCAGACCAGGAGGAAUAUGACAGAGACCAAAUGGAUGGAGCAAGUUAAGCUGGAAAGGUUGAAACAAAUCAGUGGAGUGCUUCCAAGACUGAACCCCAUUCCACAUUCCAAAGCCCCAACUUUGCCGCCUCUCAUAGGAAAUGGUACUUAUUCAAGCAGCAGCUGCAGCAUUGGAGGAAACAUGACUAUUCUAGCCAACAAAAAUGAACUCACAAACAUGGACAUUACUGUGCUAAACAUGCUGAACAGAAGGGACAGCAACACCAGCACCAUCAGCUCAGCCUACAUGAGCAGCCGCAGGUCGUCUGGGAUUUCACCUUGCUUCUCUAGUCGGAGAUCCAGUGACGCUUCCCAAGGCGAGGGGAGGCUCCAGAACAUCAGUGUUACUGAUUCCUACGACCCCAUUUCAACUGAUGCCUCUCGGCGAUCGAGUGAAGGCAGCCAGUACGAUGGCUUGCCAGGUCUUCUCAGCCUGACCCCCGCCCAGCAAUACCGGCUGAAAGCAAAAUAUGCAGCAGCUACUGGUGGACCCCCACCAACACCACUCCCUAAUAUGGAGAGGAUGAGCUUGAAAACAAAAAUGGCACUGUUGGGUGACUGUAGGGAGUCUGGAAUGUCACCACUGCCCCCAAUGAAUUCUCCCCGAAGAUGUAGUGAUGGUGGGACAAACAAUUACAACAGGCGACACAUACUGCCCCAUGAUGUGUUGGGGAACAGCACAAGGAGAGCCAGCGACCCUGUGAGACCAGUUUCCGAUAACCUUUCCUUUCCCAGAGUCCAGCGUUUCAACAGUCUCAAUAGCUUUAACCCUCCUGUUUUGCCUCCAUCUAUGGAAAGGCGUAACUUCAUCCUUCAGAACUACACCCGUUCGGAUGGUGGCUUGUUCCACAACUGUUCCCCUUGUCCUCCUAGUAUCUCGGAGAACGUCGCCAUGGAAGCUGCUACAAUGGAAGCAGAUGGCUGUCUGAAUGAUGAGGAUCUCCUACCGGACGACGUGGUCCAAUAUUUGAAUUCUCAGAAUCAGGGUCCGCACAACCACCUGCCAAAUGGUGGACUAGAUCACAACAAAGUGCAUCACAAUUCAGCAUUGGGGUACGGCAACAACUUUGACCAGUCUUCUCCACCAAACAACUCUGAAGCCAGUAAAAACGACCUGCCAAUUCAGUGGAAUGAAGUAAGCUCAGGAAGUUCUGAUUUGUCUCCGUCAAAAUUAAAAUGUGGGCAACGGUCCCUGAUCCAGCACACUCAAACCUUAGGCCUCUAUAACAACAUGGUCGUCCAACAGCAGCACCAUGGGCUGGAGAGAAAUGCUGUGUCCCAGCAAAAUGGCUACCAGCAUCUUCUAGACAACAACGGCUCCUGCAGUUUACAGCAGAAUAUGGUCAUGAACAACAGUGACACCAGUCAUUCUUACCACCUCCAGUCAAAUAAGGCACAGCUGUAUGGUGAAAGCAUUGCCAGACAACCAGUGGGCAAUACCUAUGACAUUGUGAUUCAAGGGCAAAAGCUGGGAAAUAAUUUCAUGACAAAUAAUGGAAACCAGCAGAAUUUUGGCUGCACCGCAGUAUCAGAGGAGCAGUCACCCAGUGUAAUUAGCAGGAUGCAGGGCAGAAAUGUGGUUGCCCAGGAGUACCUUCAUAAUCAGUCAACAGAUGAUAUCUACUGCCAAGAAGUCAAUCAUUCCCAUAAAAUGAUGACAGAGCAAGUUUCAGCUCCCUCACAACCCGCCCUUUAUCAAGGGCCACAAAGUUGUCCACUGUCUCACAAUGCUGGGAUCCAGCCAUCAGGUUUGGUGAUGGCAAAAGGGUACCAGCCCUGUGCCAACUACUGGGGUGGCAGGCGACAAAAUACGUUAAGGAAUAACUUGGUGCAGCCACAAGGACACUUAAGGGAUGCCAACCAGCCACACAGGGUCAAUGGCAUCAAAGUAGAAUCCCAAGGUCAGUCACAGCAAUUCUGCUCUAAUAUGCAGAAUUACUCUGGUCAGUUGUAUGACCAAACCACAGGGUUUAGCCAGCAAGCUCUAAAAACAGGUGCUUUCCCCCUUUCAGAAGCUAACUGCCUGCUUCAGGGGACGGGUGAUGCUACUUCGUCAGAGCUUCUCUCCCCAGGCGCCAACCAGGUAACGAGCACCGUUGACAGCAUUGACACCAGCAGCCUCGAAAGCGUGCAGAUUGAUUUUGAUGCCAUCAUAGAUGAUGGUGACCAUGCCAGCUUAAUUUCAGGAGCCCUGAGUCCCAGCAUCAUUCAGAACCUCUCCCGCAAUUCCUCCCGCCUCACCACUCCCCGAGCGUCUCUUACAUUCCCAGCCAUGCCCAUGAGCACAAACAACAUGGCCAUUGGGGACAUGAAUUCCUUGCUGACCUCACUUGCAGAAGAAAGCAAGUUUCUUGCUGUUAUGCAAUAGACAUACACAACUUAGGAGAUGAAAGAUUUUU